CGGGGGUCGGCUUCCUCUCCCCUCCCGCGCGGGCGGGGUGGUGCGUUCCGAGUUCUCAGGAGUUCGGAGCGGGCGGGUGCCGGGGGGGCGGGGAGUGGCGGCGGCGGCGGGCGGCUCCCGCCUCAGCCUCGGCAGUGGCGUCGGCGACGGCGGUGUCGAGGCAGCCGCGAGCGCUCGGCGCACUGUCAGCCGGCGGCCGAGGCUCAGGAGCUAGGAGUUGGGGAGGCGCGCGCCCGACCUUCCGCCGCCGACGCUGCCGCCGCCGCCCAGAGCCGGAGGCGCUGGGUCCCGGGGAACCGGAGGGGGCGGGCGGGCGAGCGGGCCGGGGGGAGGGUGGGGAAUGGCGCGGACCCCGGGGCCGGCUCCGCUGUGUCCCGGAGGCGGCAAAGCACAACUUUCCCUCGCUUCUCCCCCCGGGGCCGGGCUCCUGCUGCCGCCCCCGACGCCGCCGCCGCUGCUGCUGCUGCUCUUCCCGCUGCUGCUCUUCUCCCGGCUCUGCGGUGCCUUAGCUGGACCAAUUAUUGUGGAGCCACAUGUCACAGCAGUAUGGGGAAAGAAUGUUUCAUUGAAGUGUUUAAUUGAAGUGAAUGAAACUAUAACCCAAAUUUCAUGGGAAAAGGUACAUGGCAAAGGUUCACAGACUGUUGCAGUUCAUCAUCCUCAAUAUGGAUUCUCUGUUCAAGGAGAGUAUCAGGGAAGAGUCUUGUUUAAAAACUAUUCACUUAACGAUGCAACAAUUACCCUGCAUAACAUAGGAUUUUCUGAUUCUGGAAAAUACAUAUGCAAAGCUGUUACAUUCCCACUUGGAAAUGCUCAGUCCUCUACAACCGUAACUGUAUUAGUUGAACCCACUGUGAGCUUGAUAAAAGGGCCAGAUUCUUUAAUUGAUGGAGGAAACGAAACAGUAGCAGCCAUUUGUAUUGCAGCAACUGGGAAACCAGUUGCACAUAUUAACUGGGAAGGCGAUCUUGGUGAAAUGGAAUCCACUACAACUUCCUUUCCAAAUGAAACAGUUACAAUUGUCAGCCAAUACAAGCUGUUUCCAACCAGAUUUGCUCGAGGAAGGCGAAUUACUUGUGUUGUAAAACAUCCAGCCUUGGAAAAGGACAUCCGAUAUUCUUUCAUAUUAGAUAUACAAUAUGCUCCCGAAGUUUCAGUAACUGGCUAUGAUGGAAAUUGGUUUGUAGGAAGAAAAGGUGUUAAUCUCAAGUGUAAUGCUGAUGCAAAUCCACCACCCUUCAAAUCUGUGUGGAGCAGGUUGGAUGGACAAUGGCCUGAUGGCUUAUUGGCUUCAGACAAUACUCUUCAUUUUGUCCAUCCACUGACUUUCAAUUAUUCUGGUGUUUAUGUCUGUAAAGUCACUAAUUCCCUCGGUCAAAGAAGUGAUCAAAAGGUCAUCUACAUUUCAGAUGUUCCGUUUAAGCCCACCUCUUCCAUAGCCAUAGCUGGAGCUGUAAUUGGAGCUGUCCUUGCCCUUCUCAUCAUUGCUGUCUUUGCGACUGUGCUGCUGACUCCUCGAAAAAAGAGACCAUCCUAUCUUGACAAAGUGAUUGACCUUCCACCCACACAUAAACCACCGCCUGUGUAUGAAAAAAGAUCCCCCCCUUUGCCUCAAAAAGACCUUCUAUAUCAGACUGAAUGCUUGCCUUUGCAGAGUCACUUCAAAGGAAGAGAGGUUGGCGGUCUCCAGCCCUCUAAUGGACUAAAUAGCAGGAGAUUUGAGUAUGAAGAUGAGAAUCCAGUGGGGGAAGAUGGGAUUCAGCAGAUGUGCCCUCUCUACAACCAGAUGUGCUACCAAGACCGGAGCCCUGGCAAGCAUCAUAGGAGCAACGAUCCUGAGAGAGUCUACAUCAACCCCCGAGAGCAUUACGUGUGACGGCUCUGCUUCUAGUGGGUGUUCUACCGAAUGUUAUUCCCAGAUUAGGGAGAGAAACCAAGGUCAAUAGUUAUUAUUUUGCUCUCUCUCAUAUAAAACGGUCCCCCUCUAAGUAUCAGAAGUCGUGAUGAAUGACUUGGAGCCAAUGGCGAAUGUCUUUCCUCCAGUAAGACUUCCUUCACCACCAGCUGUGUCUGUGACCUUGACUGCAGCUUUGUGUGUUUCUGUGACGAUGGUGUGAUGAUGUUUAACUACUAACAUCUGGCCUACAGUGGCAUGUUCAUUUUAAAGUAGAGCAUCUGCCUGGGAUGCCAGCAGUGAUUCUCCAGAAAGAAAGGCCCCAGCUGGGAGUGUUAACCUCACUGGGUCUCAGGCAGGCCAGCCUAUUCAUCCGUCAAUCAAACGGGCAGAAAAAGGAGUUCAAGAUCCAUUUCACUAAUUAUUUAGUUGGAAUUUGGCUUUCCCUGAUAUGCUUAAUAUAAUCGCAACACCUGUGUACAAAUAAGAGGCCUGAGGAAAGAGGCAAAAUUUGUUCUUUAUCCACAAAACAACAACAAAGGGCAGUUAAACCUUCCAGCGUGUUGGUUGCUUUUAGACUCUUGCCACAUUGUAAGAGAUGCUCCUUCUUGAUCACUGAGGUCCUGAGGGGCAUAUUUCCUGCCUAGGCUGGGUAUCUGCCUAGUGUUGGUUAGCAGAGUGCUAACCGAGGUCCGUCUCUUGCUCUGUCCCUGUUCCCACACUUCUGUUCUUUACUAGCCAGAUUAGCUUACUUCUCACCUAUUAAAUUCUAAAGACCCUGUUUAAAUGGUGGACAGCCUUGAGCCUUUUCCCUCUUCUGUGGUAUUGUAUAUGACAGGCUCAGCUUUCCCUACUGAAAUCUCCUUCAAACUAAUCCCAUGCACACAGGCCUUUGCCCACUCUGCAUUCUUCAGACUUCAUAUUGUCCAUGUCUUAUCCACCUCAGAAAAGCCUACUGGCAAACCACUGUGAAAUAACUCCUGUUUUGAAAUGACAGGUGGAAAAUUUGAAAACUUAAAAAAAACACAAAAGAGCCACUUCAAUGUGGCAUAUGUGCUGAACCCACAAAUUGUCUUUGAUCCCUCCUCCCCUGCGUUACCUGGUCAACAGCAAGAAUAAAGAGAUGCUAAAACAAAAGCCAGGAAUGUAGUGACCAACAUACCAGUGUAUCCUGCACCACUCUGGUGCCUGUCGAUGUUAGUCUUGAGUUUUCUCACUUCCCUUUGCCAGCUUUUCCUUGCUGAGAUUCAAGGUGGUAAUUAGAGUGGGGUGAGCAGAGGAGGAAGCACAGGUACAAAUGUCGAUCAUCCUCCCUCACAGCACGAGGAAGCAUUGUUUUAUUGUGGGUUCUGGAAGAUUAGAGGUGUGCCACUGAUAUAAAAAAACACACCACUACAGACUUGUCAUCUGUUAGGAAAGAGUGGCAUAGUGCUAUAAAAUAUUACAUAUUUCCAACUUAAGCUUCAAGGGGGCGGGAGAAUGUUAACACAGAUUUCUAAUGAGAUACCAACGAUACCUGGUGAUUCAUGUAGGGCUGGCUCUAGUUUUUGCUCCUGCGUUUGUUUCCUUUCCUUAGUUUCCUUGGUCAGAGAAAUCACCUGGUUGUUUUACAGCAGUAAUACACUACCCCCAUGGCCUGGGUGACCUAUUAUUCUGGGAGGAAAUUCUAACUCAGUGCUUUGGCUAGGUAAUUAGCAAUUUAAAAGUGAUAUGGGAUCAAAGGAUAAAUUCUAAGGCUCCUCACAGCUGUAUCACAGAGCUAGACUUUGCUGCCCUUUGUAGCAAGCUGACACACAAAGGAUAUAUUUGAUUUUAUUGCUUUGCGUGGAAUCCCAUCAGUAAGUUGGUAUAACUAAAGGUACAAGAAUCCCUGCAAUUGUUUUCCAACAGAAACAUGCCUCUGGUCGGAGCUGUUCCUCCCAGGGCAGUGUUUUAUAAAAUCCUGGCUGUUACAGAGGAGGAGAUACUGUGAGGCAUGGCCUCCUUUAGAAAGCUAAAAACGCCCCACACAUGGGGGGUGGUUUCCAUGGUCCUGCAGGGAAGCAGGUUGUUGGAUCAGUGUCUCAGAAGCUCACCUGGGGCCCAGUGGGGAAUGGAGAUGUCUUCAUUUGCACAAGGGAAGGCCAUUUGGAAGCACUGGGUUUGAGGAGCCCUUUGACUUUCUAUAACACCUUCCCUACCAAGAAGAACCCAGUGUUGCAUUUGUAAGAUUCUCAGUGUAGUUAUGGAAAAGGAAUUUCAGCAUGUGGACACCUCCCUCACAGCCAGGCAGUUCAAUAUCCUUUUUGCUUCUCUGUCAGGUAUGGUAUUUCUUUAACAAAUGGUUGAUUUUAUAGCUGCUGGCCCCUUGCAUGGGUCACGUAAGCUGUAUAAUUGCAUCCCAUCUGUUCUCUCCAAAUACUGAGUGGAAUUGAAAGGAGCUUUAAAAGGGUUUGAUCAACCAGCCCCCUCAACCAAAAUAUACCCUCCAAAAUUAGCCUGUCAAUCUCCAAAUUUGGAGCCUAGACUGCUUGACGGUGGCUAUCUAAAAUUGGAAGUUAGACUCUUAAAGGUCGGUAAGUGAGGCUUAGGGAUGUAAGCCACAGCUGAUACUGGAGACUCUCCUGGUUUUACUAAAACACACUGAAACAGAAAUGAAUCCCAGAGCACUUACCCACUUAUGGUGCAACUCUGCAUUUCAAGGGGGAGUAUGUGUGUCCAUUUUAAACACACAGCUUUCGUUGCCUGUCGUGUGGGCCGCCCAGGCUCCAGGAGUGUGCCCUGUUGCUACCGUAGCAGAUAACCAGUUCUGUGCAGGUCACACUAAAAUAAAGCAGCUGUGCCACAUAGGAUUGGUCCACGUAAUGAGAUAAGAAUUUAGAUUACAUCUUUAAUGGUGAUUUGCUCUGUCUCCUAUAAGGGUCCCCUAUCCCUGACCUUCGUAUGCGUUCUAGCUUUGAAGAAGUGCAUGCUCUUUGGGGCACAUAAUGUAAAAGUCUUACCUGUGCCAGGCUUCCCUGUGACAUGCCUAUAGUAGAUACUAAAGAAAGGUGCUGCAAACUGCAUUAACAGGUGCCCUCAUUAAUUUUUAUGGCCUUGUUUACUCAUAAGGAUGGUGCAGUUUGUCCAUCUUUCAGAAUGAUUGCCUAAGUCCUCUUUAACAGUAGUCUAAAAUUUACUAUUUGUUUCUCAUUGUGCAGUCUUUCCCUGCACUGUGCUGGUCUCCUAGUGCCAUUCUUUACAUACAAUAGAGCCUUCCCCUCAAACCUUUUACUUCCUGGGGACAUAGAGGAUAGACCUUUAUACCAAGAAUCAAAAGAACAGGUUCUACUCCAAGCUUCGCCCUUUCUUAGCCAUGGAAAUUUAGACAAGUCACUUAACAAGUCCAGGGCAUCAGUUGCCAAUGGCCAUAAAGCAGAGAUUAUAACACCUUCCCUAUCAGCAAUAUGGUGAGACUUAUAACAAUGGAUGGAAUAUUGUAAGUUCUCUUCAAAUGAAAAUGCCUAUGUCUCUAUUAUUGUUGCAUGUUGAACCUUUGCAGCAUUUUGAAUACCAUAGUGUCCGCAGGGAGAACCAAGUGGCAAAUGAAAAUUUCAGACCUGAUUUGAAUAUAAGGAAGACAUUCCUUUUACUAUAAUAAAUGUCAUAUAGAAAACUUGAUACCUAGAUUUUAGCCUUUCAGGCUUUGCCUAGAAUUGAAAGUACAUGUUACCAUGACCAGUAGUUGCUCUUGUUUUUCAAAUUACUACUAAUGACAGCUACCAUUACUGAGUGCGUAGCGUGGACUGGAUUCUAGGGCAAGAACCUUGCAUGAAUCAUCUCACUGAUUAGAACCAAACUCCUGUUUUCUUCCCUUUCCAGCAGUCCCUGUGGGGACAGAAAGGCUCACACUCCCAUACUGCACUCCCACGGAUCAUGCCUAUCGUUGGUAUUCUUUCAAAUCUAUUUUUGGGGAAUGGUGUUAGAGAAGAGGUUUUCUUGAAAAAUUUAAAGCAGAGUUAUAAGAGGAAACAUGGACAAAACCAUAGAAAUGUUUAUUAAGAUGACAGCAAGAAUAUACACACACACUCAUUUUUAGUUUUUGAACAUCUCAAAAUGCUCAGACCCAUUAGAUUAACCAUAGCAGCAAAAAUAACCAGUCUUAUAAAUAAUUAAAACCACUCCAUUUCAGUAGGUUCAGUUUUAGUGGCACAAACUUCUAACACCUCUUGCUCAACUUAGUUCAUUGCUCUGUUUAGUUUGUUUCACCUUCAUUGCACUCCCAGGAGUGGUGGCGCUCUUACACUGGACAGCAAGAAUGAGAGCUGGCUUUGGUGGAAAGCCAGAAGAAGAGGAGGGGUGUGAAGUAGAAAUGUCAUAGUUCUGUGCUUCUCUUGUUCCUGUGCUUAACUAACAAGGUCUUUUGUCCUUGGCCUGUUUGCAGAUCUUAUAAGAGAACCAGGGACUUCCAGUUCUUCUGUUAACUAAAAACUGCCUUUUGCAAGCCCAUUCAGCUGUAGAUAUGACUGGAUUAAUCUUAUGGCACUUGAAAAGGCAUUUGUAUUUCCUCAUUUAAAGAAAAUUGUUGUAAGCUAGACUUGGCCAACUUGGCCACUUGCAAUUAUUUGCUUUUAGUGGCCUUUAGUAAGUAGAGGUGGGUGAGGGCUGUAGAUAUUCUUCCCCCAAACCUUACACCGACAUGAGGUUUUAGACCAAAUUUUGCAUCAUCCAUGUUUAUACGUAAGCAGGCACUAGAAUGGACAUCCUGUAACAGUCAACCUGUCCUGUAAGCUUGAAAAAGUCCCAACUCUGUUCUAUUAAGGAAUCCAAUAAUAUCUUAAAUAAAAGGGUUAUUAGAAAUGAAUCCAGUAAUAUUGACUCAGUGUUAGGCACCCAAUUCUGUUUAAAUUCUAGACACAGAAUCUAGGGGUCCCAGGGCUAGUGGGCUUGCUAGAGUCUCCUACCUGUCAAGGAAGGGCUGGAGUGCCCUACAGUAUUUGGGUCAAUCCAUGUACCUUUAACACCACCAAUUUGACCAUUGAAAAUGAUUACUCAUUAACAAAACCUAUUGUGUAGACUCUAGAGCUACAGAUAAAGCUCUUGUAUUAGCCUCUGAAGUGACUAGAGCAGGGGUGGGGUAUGUCUGGCCAUGCUAAGGCAUUAGGGGUGAGUUAAUUAAAUGUUUGACCAAAUAUAGCAGGUUAAUUUUCAAGUUGAUAAUGUUAUAAGGCCUGCAGAUGAUGUUAUAAAUAUCCAAAUGACCACUGGCAAAAAAAAAAAAAAAUUUCCCACCCCAGGACUAGAAUUUUCAAAUGCUAUAUAACAACUUUUGGAGGGUGUGUUUCCAACUCGGGAUACUUCAAAGGUUAAAUAACUACUCCUUUAUUAAGACUAAUUAACAUAUGCCCACAUAAUUAAAAUGCAUGGAAUGGAACAAUUUGUUAAGGAUUCCUCACACUAGGCUGAGGUAGAUGUAUUCACUGCUGUAAAGUCAGCCACCUGCUGAGUAGACUGUCACUGGCAUUUCUCCUUAGUGACAGCCUUUUCCUUCUUAGGGGUUUGUGUGUGUGGUAUGUGAGAGGGAAAAAAGGACUACUUAACAUUCGCAACUGAAUAAAAAUUUGCUAUUCAUGUAUACAAGAGAACCCUUACAUGUGCAAACAUCUCACUAUUUCAAGCCCAUUUUAUUAUAUUUGUUUUAACAUCUCUAAAAAAUGGUUAGAGGAAAAGGGAGGCCAUAUUUACCUUGACAGCCAACAUAUCUAAAACAUCAGGAUUUUUUUUUUACUCUAUUUCCAAUAUUAAGAUAGUUAUUUUCUUCUUAAAUUGCAAUUGUGGAGAGAAUGUCAAAAAUUCAGACCAUACUAAGCACCUUUUUAUCAGACGUUAUCGAUUGAGACCAUGAUUUGGAAUUGCCUUCUGUAUCUCAGGGGGGAGAGAAACCACCAGUGACAAUUAAAGCGUUCUUCAUUCUAUAGGCUGAGAAAAUUCCCUUCCAUGGGUUCAUUCUCCAGAAUAUUCUAAUCCCUUUGGGGGAGUUUAAGGCCAUGAUCUGUAUCAAAUUACAUAUCUCCCUGCACCAACAUGUGCUAGUUACAGUCUGUAUCCUGUGGCUGUGAGCUGUAGGGAUAAAUGCCUCAAUUUCAGGGGAACAGAGGUUGUGACUAUUUAUGGCCAAUGGUAACAUCUCCAUGAAUUGAAAGUGGGGACGGCCCUGCCCUCUAAGUGUUCACACUCUGUAGCUGUGUCCUUUACAGUUGCCACUUGCAAGCGUUUUACACAGGAGUCAUGUCAGUUGGACCCAAGGAGAUAUACUCUCGGACUUUACAUUAUUAUUGGGUUAUAACUGCUGUCCCAAACUAUUUUCAAUGAACAGAAAGCAGCAGUCAGAGAUACUCCCGUCUUUCCACCAAUAGCCGCCCUCUUGGGUUUUUCUCCAGCCCUACCAUUAAAGACUUUAUGACAGGUUCCCUGUGGCCUAAAUGGGGUGUAUUUAUUACCAUGGCCUGGGAUUUAACUGUGAAAGUCGAUUAGAGGAGAUCUUGAGGGAAGCCUUCCUGGGAAUCCAGAACAUUGGAUUUUCUACACUGCUUUGGAACUGUGGCCUCUCCCGCUACAAAAUAUGCCUGACAGUCACGAGGAGAUGUUUUAUGUGUCCCCUCCAGAGGUCAGGAAUGUACUUCAAACACAAACACUGUCCCUUAAUAGCUCACAGAGGAUUUAUGAUGCCCAGAAUUGCACAUGAGUUUCCAAGUGAACGGGUUCCCUUGUUUUGGUUUUCUUUCUAACAAUCACCAGUAUUUUUUUAAAUCUACCCUAACACAACUAAGUUAAAUUCCUCUCUUACGCUAUGUUGAUGGCUCAGCAUCCAUCAUGUUUUAACUAUAGGCAGCAGUAUUUUGCACUAAAUGCACCAGAUUGCCCUUGCCCACACUGUGGCUUACGUAUGCCUUUGCGUUUUCACAUGGCCUUAUGAGGAAUUAGUACAUAUAUUCCCAUCAACUGAGCACUUUAAUACCCAGAAGCGCAUUUGUCAUCUUAGGUUUCAUUGUGUAUUUGAAAUUCCAAGUCUUUUGUAAAAAAUGUUAAGUAGCUGGUAUUGCUACUGGAUCCUGGAUUAUUCCACUUGUCCAUCCAGAAAAGUUCCUGUUUAUCCUCUCCCUUCUGUUUCUAUUUCUAAGCCAGUGCUCUAAGACAUAACAUCUGCUCCAGCCUGUUCACUCUCCAUGUGGUCUUAACCUCUUCUUUACCUCUCAGUUUCACUCCUGGGAGUUAGCGCACUCUACCUCAUAGGAGUUUUAUGGAGGGAAAAAGAAGGUGUUUAAUGAUUGUCUUCAAGAGAGAACUUACUUUUAAAGUGAUUUUAUAAAAAUACAAAACAAAACAAAAAAACCUUGGCUUAGAAAUGAGAAACUCUAUAGCUAUUGUAUUUUUUACUAUUCCUGUAUUGCUAUUUUUAUUUCUGAAAAGCAAUUUCUGUCUGAAUAGAGUCUCUGGUUCUAACUUUCUGCCUAUUAACCCUUUCACACUGAAAUUGUUCUCUCUACCUUAUGCACACUCUGAAGGAUUUACUUACAAAGCCAAAACUAACUCUCCCACAACAAAUCCAUGUACUUUUGCUUCCAUUGUUAAACAAAUGAAUGUCGUCUGUAAAGAUGCAUCUGGCUCUGGAAACAAGAAGCCAGAAGCUAAUGAGGUCUCACUCUUGCCCUGGCAAAAUCUCACCCUGUGCCUUGGUUCUUCCCAUAUUAACAAGGGGUUAGUUCUGUAAUAUCACAGCACCUAGGUAUUGUGAGUCCUAACUAAUAAAUGUUGAAACACAUUUUGCCAAUGCCCAGUACUGUAUGAAUGUGUUGCAAAAAAUCGGGAGAGUCUUUAGGUAGAGUGUUCUAGUGUAGCACAAUUAAAAAAAAAAAAAAAAAAAAAGGAGAAGAAGACUAAUCCACUUAUUUUCAAAAGAAAUGUUUUACUAAUAUGUUCUUUUUUUUAGUGAAAAUUAGUUUCUAGUAAUUUAAUCUAUUUUUCUCUUGAUGUAUAGGAGGAAAUCAAUAGUAUAUAUUAUUGCUUGUCAGAAAAUACCCAAAUUGUAUUUUAAGUGUUAAAACUGAAGGGGUUGCCUAACAGUGUAGUGUCAUAAGGAGGAGGAUUCUAGCUCAAUUGUUGCAAAUAUAGAAAUAGAAAGGUUACCUUUGAUUCUGAAGAUUGCAUUAUAAAUAGUAGAUGUUAAUGUGGUGGUUUUUAGAUAUUCUUUAUUUUUAAGUCACCAAAAAUUGCCUUUUAUUUUUACAGUUUUGAACUCUAUGGUUCUUGACAUAUUUUGAAUAAAGUUUUUAUCAA